AUGCCAAUAGUGAUGGGCAAGGAAGAAUGGUCGCGCAUCGUGAGCUGGACGGACGCAGGUCGAGAGAACGCGGAGUCUUUACGGAAGAAAGAGUACAUCCAGUACUUACACGACACCAGCCGCGCCAUGACUAAGUCUUGGCCCAACUCCUUGGAGAAUGUGAACAAACGCAACGAAGAACUGAGGCGGGCGCGCGUGGAGGCGGCCGAGCAGGCGAACGCCAACUUUUACAAGAAGUACGUGAGGCGCAAGAGGCAGGAGCAGCAGCGGCUGCUGCACGGCGCCAGGGACGCCAUGUUCAAGAACAAGGACACGCCCAAGAUGUUCCUGCGGGCAGUGUUAGAGACGGUGACGCAGAAAGAGCGCGAGGAGCAGCUGAAGUUCUUCAGGGUGCUUCGCCACCAGGAGGCCGAGCAGAAGCGGCAGGACGACGAGGAGACGGCGCGCAAAGCCAAGGAGUGGAACGAGCUGAUGGAGACGAGGAAGCGACGCCGCUUCGAGGCCAACAAACAACACCAGAGGGAGAUAGUCGAUCAAGCCAGGGAAGUCGCAGAACGAAACAUGAAAGAGUACGAGACUGAGCUCAACCUGCAGAAGAUCGACAACAUGAAGGCCGAUGAACAGAUGGCGGCCAUAAAGAAGUUUGAACAGGAUUUCAAAGCGGCCGAGAAGGCGCGCAUUUUGGCGGACAUGCAGCGGUCGCGGCAAGAGGCGGAGGCGCGGAGGGGGGAGAGGGAGGCGCGCGAGAGGAUGGACGAGCGGCUGCUCGAGGUGCUACGCCGCUCACAAGCGCGCGUAGACAGCAAGCGGAAGCAGACCGAGAAGGAGAUCCAAGCAGAAAAGCUGCGUGUCUUGGAGAAGAUCAGUUCGAAGCUGGAGUCUGGGGACGCGGCGCGGGAGGCCAGAGAGCAAGAGAUAUUGGACAAAGCUGUCAAAGAGAAGGAACAGAAGGCGGAGGCUUUGCGCCAGGAGCGGCUCGAGAAGCAGGCGCGGCUGAAGCGGGAGAGGCUGCGGCUGCAGCAGGAGUUCCUGCGCGAGGAGGAGCGGCGGCUCCGCCACGAGCACGCCACGCGCGCCUGGCACCUCGCCAACAGGUUCAAGAACUUGGAAAUUUACGAGGACUACUUGGCGAAACAACGCGAGGAGAAGGAGAGGAAAACUAAGGAGCACAGAGAAGAGCUGCUGAGACUAUGGAAGGAGCGUGAGGAGCGCGAGGCUAGAGAACGCGCCGAGAGGCUGCACUUCUACGGCGAAGAGGCCGAGAGGAAGCUGCGCGAAGAGGAGCAGAGGACGCUGGCGCACGCCGCGCUCCUUCUAGAAGAGGCGAGGCGGCAUGCGCGGCCGGAACACGCUCUGCUGAGGGCCGUCGACCGCUACUGCAAACAGCAGCGCCUGUACCCGUUGCCGCCUCUGCCCGCCGCCCUCCAGAAGCACUUCCCGCAUUACGCGCCCGAGAACCGCGCCCAAAGCGACGAGAAUACCGCAAAGUCACAGCAGAGGAACGGACUCGACGGCCACGCCGGGGAUACAAACGUUGCCCAGGAAAAAACACCUGAGCAGGACUACAAAAGGAGAGGCCCCGCCAACGGAUUACAAACGAAGAGUGCAGAGGAGGGGGCGUCUCUGCCGCCCAUAAAGGCUGCCGUGGGGGGGAAGCCGGAAGGCGGGAAA